GCUCGCUACAACUAGGUAGUGUUGGGAGCUGCGAGCCAAGAGAGAAACCGUGUGACCUGAGUCAACACGGUAAAUCUGACACAAAUUGGAGCCAUACAGCACUGAAAUCGCGAACCCUCUCAUCACAGCACAGACCCUGGAUAUGGCUACGUCUAUACUUGGGGAAGAACCACGGUUUGGAACUACACCUCUAGCGAUGCUGGCUGCAACUUGUAACAAAAUUGGCAACACCAGUCCUCUUACAACUUUACCUGACUCCAGCGCUUUCUCGAAAGGUGGAUUUCACCCGUGGAAAAGAUCCUCCUCCAGCUGCAACUUAGGAUCCAGUCUGCCCGGUUUCACGGUAGCGACGAGCCGCGCUUCGACAGGACUAACACAGACCAGUGGCACGAGCAACAGCGCCUUUUGCUUAGCCUCCACCUCCCCGACCUCGUCUGCGUUUUCCACAGAGUACAGCGGUCUGUUUUCCAACUCCGCCAGCGUCACAACCCAGGAAUCUGGACAGUCAGCUUUUAUCUCCAAAGUCCACACAUCAGCAGAGACUCUGUACCCGCGCGUGGGGAUGGCGCACCCCUAUGAGUCGUGGUACAAGUCGGGGUUCCACUCAACCAUCUCCGGUGACGUUACCAAUGGUGCGUCCUCGUGGUGGGACGUUCACACAAAUCCCGGGUCGUGGCUCGAUGUCCAGAACCCCGCGAGCACCCUUCAGACCUCUCUGCACUCCGGCACCCCGCAGGCUAUCCACUCCCAGCUCAGUGGCUACAACCCGGACUUCUCCUCGCUGACCCACUCGGCGUUUAGCUCCACUGGAAUCAGCCCCUCAGCGUCUCACCUACUGUCCACCAGCCAGCACCUGUUAACGCAGGACGGUUUCAAAACAGUCAUCCCCUCUUACACAGACGCUUCUGCCGCCAACGCCAUGAUUUCAGGGGGCAGUUCAGGAAUAAGUAGCUCCUCGAGGUCGUCCAGGAGGUACUCUGGCAGAGCAACAUGCGACUGCCCGAACUGCCAGGAGGCUGAGCGGCUUGGACCCGCCGCCAGCCUGCGGAGAAAGGGACUCCACAGCUGCCACAUUCCCGGCUGCGGUAAAGUGUACGGAAAGACGUCUCACCUCAAAGCGCAUUUGAGAUGGCACACCGGCGAGCGGCCUUUUGUCUGCAACUGGCUUUUCUGUGGCAAAAGGUUCACUCGGUCCGACGAGCUCCAGAGACAUCUGCGCACCCACACCGGCGAGAAAAGGUUUGCUUGCCCGGUUUGUAACAAGCGCUUUAUGCGGAGUGACCAUUUGAGCAAGCACAUCAAAACUCACACGGCAGGUGGAGGAGGCAAAAAGGGGAGCGACAGUGACACCGACACCAGUAACCUGGAGACCCCGAGGUCCGAGUCCCCAGAACUUAUUUUGGAAGGGGUGAACCCCAGAAUUACUGUUAAGGAUCCGUCUCCUCACGACGAGCCCUGAGGCAUUUCCCAAAAAUCAAUCCAGAUUAAAACAAAAAACAAAAACACACAAAUAAUAAUAAUAAUAAAAAACUGCACAGCAAUGAAAACGGGUCUUAUCUGACGGACAAUAAAGGGGAAAAUGUUUCCAGAAGCGAUAGCAAAAUCUAAAAAAAUAUAUAUUCUCCACAGGCGUGACGAGUAUUUCAUUCGUAAAUUCAUCUUUAAAAAAAAGAAAGGAAAAAAAAAAGAGUGAUUUACUGUAGGCCUUCGGAAAAUUUGAGGGAGACAGCUUGAAAAUGAAAUGGAUGUUUGCUAAUGCGCGAAACCUGUUGAACUUUGGUUGGACAAUGUGAGUUACACCUUGUAUAUUGACGACUAAACUAUGUGUUAUUUUCAUGUAAAUGUUAGGCUAUGAUUGUUUUAUUCGUGUUGGUAUCCUGGAAAUCAGGGAGUUUACUUUCGACGCACUUUGUGGAUAUGUAUGUAAACGGCUUUUUAAACUUUGGUUAACCAUUUUAUUUCUUUGCUAAAAAAAUUUAUCUAUAUAUAAAUGUUUACCUGUAUAAAGUCACACGUAUAAGGCUUUCAUUUUAUCGUAAUUAAAACAUCUUAAAAAAGGCUGUAAGUGUGUGAUGUAGAGUUUAUAUAUUUUUUUUGUUUAUUUAUUAGGUUUAAAUCUAAAAAUAUAAUUUUUAAAUUUUUUAAUUUUAUAAAGUGUGACAGCUCAUCACAGGCUUUUUUUCUUCUUAAAAUCACCUACAAUACGUCGACUUUAACUAUUUCCUCUAUGGAAUAAAUCAAUGUUUAAUGCCCCGGAAAAGACAUUUCAUGCCCAAAUGAAAAUCUUGUUAAAUGGUAUUAAUUAUGACUUGGAGCACAUCGCAGCCCCAUGUGUCUUGUAUUUGCGAUUAGGGAUUCGUGUCUUAUCAAAUAUCUAAUUAAUCUCCGAGACAUCUUUUGUUCGGUUUCACUUUAUCGAGGGGUUUCCAAGGGGGUUCGCUGACAAAGGUCCCCGAAUAUUUAUUCUAAUUGUCCAAAUUAACUGCUUUCAUUUGCAUACCAAUCGAUGGACCGAGAAUAAGGAUGUGGCUUCUUUCUCUUUGCCAGAAACACGUUAUGGGAACAGUUUUUUAAACUUCAGAAAAAGACGGGGGGCAAAGAGUCACAUGCAAAUGUUGAAUUUUAAAAUGCUCUUUGCACGGCGCAGUCAAACGGUGGCUGCAUGUUAUUUGAAUAUCAGUGGCCCCGUACUGAAAGGGUUCAAGGAUGCUCUCUGACUUCUUUGUGCUUACCCAGUGCAGCGUCCGACUCUCAAAGAAAAGGCCGGGGAAUAAUUACAGCAUGAAUCCAGGACUAGGAAUACGUCACGGAAAAGCAUCUCAUCCAGACACCCUCUUUUUUUUCCCCUUUUCUUUUUAAAGAGGAUGUUAAAUUGACCAGAAGGCAAUAGGAGGGAAAUUAUUUUCAUUUCCUUUUGUGUAGCAGCGGCUUCAAGGAAACAGGCAGAAAGUGAAAACUAUCAAAUUACUACAUUUCCAAUCUGAAUUUAAUCAAAAAAAUAUAUAAACAGCCUAAAUAAUAACGCUGAAAUUUAAUAUUUUGUCGACACGUUCAGCAACUGUUUUUUUUUCUCCACAAUAUUAUUAUUAUUUUUUGGGGGGGGAGGCAAAAUGUGUGAAUUUUUUUUUAUCGACAUCAAAACAAUUUGCAAAAUCUGCAAUUUUUAAGUCUAAAUGUCAAAGAAAAAUCGCUACAAAAAUUCAUUAAAACUCUACAGGUUAUAUUUAAUGUAAAUGUAAAUGUCUCACGUAAAAGUAGCCAAUGAAAUAACUGUAAUUGUAACUGCCUUAAUACAUUACAAUCAAAUUAAUACACAUCUACUGCAUGCCUUAUAACGGGGUGUUACUAUGCUCGCUGGCUAUUUGUACAUAAAUUAUUCUUUGUCUAUUUUUAUUUAACGCCCGGAAAAAGCCCAUCGAGCGUUUUACAGAGAUUCAGGGAUAACGCACUUUAAAGGCCAUUAAAAUUCGGGGAAACUGGUCUUAAAUUUUUGUGCCCAUUACUAAAAAAUAAAAUAAAAUAAUAAUAAUAAUAAUAAUUUGUGGAUUAAAAAAAAGUGUAUGAAAUCUCUAUGAGGUGUCCAGAGCAUAAAGAAAACACACGGGUAUAAACACUGACGGCUCAUCAGUCCACGUCUUCACUUUCAUGAAAUUUGACAUUAAACUGAAACAUCGCGAUAAAUAACUCCAUGAACUCAUAGAUUUAAAGAUUUAAUCAAAAAAUUAACAGUCCUGCUUUUAACAAAAAAAAAAAAAAAAUCUAAACAAUUUCACAAACACAAUCAUAAAAGUAAGAUUUAAAAAUUGCAUCAGAUUAAUUUUUUUAUUAUUUUUUUUGGAAGUGACCUGAAAAGGAGUCCAGCAUUUUCCCAUCAAUGGAUCAGAUGCAAAUUACUUUCAAUGGUAACCAAUUCAUUUAGACCCUUUCAUACAGUACAAAACAGCAUCAGUGUGCACUGACAUGCAUCUAGAUAUUUUCUGUUGACUGCUUCCCUCUGCUGGAAGAAA